GAAAAGCUUUCUAGUUUUUACAAUCUAACAUACAAAGCCUUUGGUUCUAAUCUUGUGAGAAUGAAGCUUAGCACUUCACUUUUUGCAAUCUUCUGGUUCUUAACAACCUUACAUUCUGUAUCUGCACAGACCUGCUUCAAUGGUUACUUUAAACUCAAUUCUACUUACGACUUGAGCCGUCGUCAAAUCUUCUCAACUCUUGCUUCUAACGUCACAACUCACAACGGACUAUACACCACCGAACUCGGCCAAAAUGAGGACCGAAUCUUCAUCAUCGGUAUGUGCAUACCUGGUACUGAACCGCAGCACUGUUCAGACUGCAUCAAAAGCACAUCAGACGGCUUGUUACGGGCCUGUCCUAAUGAAACUGUUGGCUAUGCAUGGCCGGAUGUUUGUAUGGUACGUUAUUCCAACAUUUCAUUCUCUGGAUCUGCCAUUAUGGAGCCGUCUCAAAAUGUGUCCAAUUCCAAACCUAUCGGCGUCAAUUUGACACUGUUUGAUAUAGUCUGGGAAGAGUUAAUGCUUCGUACGGUCACCGCAGCUUCAUCGGGAAGUCGUGGAUCAUCUGGACAUAAGUACUACGCAGCUGAGGUUGCUGAAUUGACACCUUUCCAAACUAUAUACUCGAUGAUGCAGUGUACACCGGAUGUUUCCUCAGGGAAUUGUGAGUUUUGUCUGAAAGAAACUGUUAGGGAUUAUAACGCAUGUUGUCGCGGUCACAUAGGUGGUGCUUAUGUAAGACCGUUUUGCUUUAUCCGGUGGGAUUUGUAUCCUUUUACUGAAGCUUUUAACCGCGCAAAUUCCACCAGCGAAGAUGGAAAAACAAUUUCUACAGUGGCUAUCGUGGGGAUUGUUGUCCCUAUCUUCGUUAUCUUAGUAGUCCUUGCUGUAGGACUUUUGGUUUGCAGGAGAAAAAAACAAUACCAAAACAUUAAAGUUCAAGGUGGUGACGAGAUUACGACAACACACUCACUGCAAUUCAGUUUUAAGGAAAUUGAAACUGCAACUGAUAACUUCGCGGACAGUAACGUGAUCGGCCGUGGUGGAUUUGGUGUAGUUUAUAGGGGAUUGCUUUCAAAUGGAACUGAAGUAGCGGUGAAGAGGCUUUCGAAAACAUCAGGACAAGGAGCGCAAGAGUUUAAGAAUGAGGCUGUUCUUGUGACAAAGCUUCAGCAUAAGAAUCUGGUUAGACCUCUUGGAUUUUGUUUGGAAGGAGAAGAAAAAAUACUUGUGUACGAGUUUGUACCCAACAAAAGCCUUGACUAUUUCCUCUUUGAUCCUAUAAAACAAGGCGAACUCGACUGGACAAGACGGUACAACAUUAUUGGAGGGACUGCACGAGGACUUCUAUAUCUUCAUCAAGACUCACGACUUACAAUCAUACAUCGUGAUCUUAAAGCGAGUAACAUUCUUUUAGAUGCAGAUAUGAACCCCAAGAUUGCAGAUUUUGGCAUGGCGAGGAUUUUUGGGGUUGAUCAAUCUCAAGCCAACACAAGCAGAAUCGUUGGAACAUAUGGUUAUAUGUCUCCAGAAUAUUUAAUGCAUGGUCACUUCUCCAUGAAAUCUGAUGUCUAUAGCUUUGGAGUAUUGGUUUUAGAGAUUAUAAGUGGCAAAAAAUGCAGUAGCCUUUACCAUAUUGAUGAAUUUUCUGGAAAUUUGGUCACACAUGCUUGGAGGCUCUGGAAGGCCGGAUCACCACUAGAACUCGUGGAUCCUACCAUAGUAGAUAGUUGUGAGAGUAAUGAGGCUAUUAGGUGCAUACAUAUUGCACUAUUAUGUGUGCAAGAAGAUCCUGCAGAUCGUCCCAUGUUGCCAGCGAUCGUCAUGAUGCUCACUAGUAGCACAGCCACUUUACAUGUGCCUCGAGCGCCUGGAACUUUCCUUUCAAGCAGGUGUGACUCUGUCUCUAACUGUUUGGAGUCUACCCAAUCUAAAAGCAGAUCCAUUCCUGGUUCUAUUAAUGAUGUGACCAUUUCAGCUCUAGAUCCUCGUUGAAAGUUUCUGGAACACUAAUAAACCCAUGGAAGUACCAACAUCAUCUCAUAUUUCUUGGCACUGCUCUACAUAAUAUAUCAUUCACAUGUAUUACCUAUACAUACAUUCUAUAGAUGAGAAGCACGUUUUAAAUAUUUUCAGUAAUAACAAAUUAUAUAAUGUAUCAAGAGUAACCAGUAACCACAAUGUAUUAUUUGUACUUAUAGAAAUUUAAUAAAUAUAAAUUAUUUAUUUAUGAUUUAUUAGAGCUAUUUAUUUACAUGGGAUCUUCUAAAUUAUUAUUAUUAUUUUAUUAAUUUAUC